UUGAUGACGUAGCGCUGGGCGAAGCUGAAGACGCUCUUAGCAACACGUUCAGAAACCACACAUCUAUGCGCGCACCGAUCCAAAACACCCAGACCUUUCGAGGACACGACAUUUGAGAAAGCUUGUUUCAUAUGUUGCCGGCGUUCUGGAGGAUUAUGAUUUAAAACGGUGCCCAAAACAAGUUUGGCUCCUACUCUCCGUACAAGAGGAAACGCUAGCUUGAGCUUUAGCUUCCUGUUGGACAGUGAGCUCGGGCUGGGAUGCCUCUUCUGUUCAAACUAACAAUACGAUUUUCGAGAGAGGGAAAGAGUGGAGAUGGUCGACAACGGUUUAGUGUUUGGACUCGGUGUGAUUCUGGUUUAAAGAUACAGUUUGUGCUUUGAUGCGCGCUGACGGAAACGCUUUUGUGUCCCCUGCAACUGUGAGUCUCCAGCGAGUGUUCCGCCACCAUCAUCUUCAUCAACGAGGAAGACGGUGUGAUCCAGGCCGUUUCUAACCGACCAUUGUUUUGGUUUUAUUUGUAAAGGACCGUGUGUUAAUCUAGCUAGUGAUUAUCUCAGUAUCUGCUUGGUUGGCUCCUCUGUUUACUUUCAGUAUGCUGAAAAUGUAGAUGUCAACAUUACUGCUCCAGUCUUGCUGUACGGGUGGUCAAACUGAUAAGCCUAAUAAAAACAACUUAAAGGGGAUCAUGCCUGAACACUGCAGCACUGUGAAGUUCUAGUCUUUGGACAUUUGAGACGCAUCCCCUGUAUUGAUAUUCUAGUUGGCUUUCUAAGGACACCCCCAUCAGCCAUGUAUUAUAGUUUUGGAUGGAUCUAGCCUUGGUGAAACUAUUUUAAGAGGAAAAAGCAAUAUUUGAUGUUGACUGCGUGCAAUCAUGAUGAUAUUGAGCAGAAAACCAGAUGGCCCCAUAACUGCAGCUCGCCACGGGGAUGGUUUGUAUGACUCUUACAUGCGGACCGAUCACAUUGUGAACCAGGAUGCUGAUGUGAAUGGACAGAGUCCCUCUGGGCUGCCCCCUCUCCCCAAACACACUGGUGUCAACAAGCCUACAAUGAAAGAUCACCAAGCAAUCCGAGGAGGACAGAUGAAGGUGAAGUACGUUUACGAAGACACCUACAACCGCAAAGUCAACGUUGUGAGCCAGCACAAUGGCACAAUUCAAGUAGCAGCCAAGCCCCAAUCUGCGAUCUCCAAAGAGAGAAGUGUGGACAGUAACAGUUCUGUUAAAUCUUCAGAGAGCUCAACGAAAGUCACAAAGCUUGCCACCCCAAUGACUCCAGAACAAGCUCUCAAGCAACACAGGCAGCAACUGACCACCUUGGAGCAGCAGGAGAUCCACAAUUAUUCUGAGAUCUACUUCCUGGGACCAAAUGCUAAGAAGAGGCAGGCAGUGGCAGGGGGCACCAACAACUGUGGAUAUGAUGACGACCAGGGUGGUUACAUCCACGUACCUCAUGAUCAUCUUGCCUAUCGUUAUGAGUUCCUCAAGGUAAUCGGCAAAGGUAGUUUUGGACAGGUGGCAAAGGUUUAUGACCAUAAGUUACAGCAGCAUCUUGCCUUAAAAAUGGUGCGCAAUGAGAAGCGCUUUCAUCGGCAAGCUGCGGAGGAGAUCAGAAUUCUGGAGCACCUGAAGAAGCAUGAUAAGACUGGCAGUAUGAAUGCAGUCCACAUGUUGGAGAAUUUCACCUUUCGCAACCACAUAUGCAUGACUUUUGAGCUGCUCAGCAUGAACCUGUAUGAGCUCAUUAAACGCAACAAGUUCCAGGGUUUCAGUCUGCCGCUGGUACGCAAGUUUGCACACUCUAUUCUCCAAUGCCUGGAGGCUCUCCAUUGCCAUAAGAUCAUCCACUGUGACCUAAAACCAGAGAACAUCUUACUGAAGCAGCAAGGCAGGAGUGGCAUCAAAGUCAUCGACUUUGGCUCCAGUUGUUUUGAUCACCAGCGGGUCUACACUUAUAUCCAGUCCCGUUUCUACAGGGCGCCGGAAGUCAUCUUGGGUUCUCGAUAUGGUAUGCCUAUAGACAUGUGGAGCUUUGGCUGCAUUCUGGCAGAGUUGCUUACAGGAUACCCUCUGUUUCCUGGAGAAGAUGAAGGUGACCAGCUGGCCUGCAUGAUGGAGUUACUGGGUGUGCCCUCUCAGAAACUGCUGGAGCAAGCCAAGCGUGCCAAGAACUUCUUCAGCUCCAAAGGCCACCCACGCUACUGCACAGUGAGCACGCUUAGCAAUGGCACCGUGGUGAUCAAUGGGAGUCGUUCUCGCCGAGGAAAAAUGCGAGGUCCCCCAGGCAGUAAGGAGUGGGUGACAGCCCUUAAGGGCUGUGAUGACCCCACAUUCAUUGACUUUCUGAAGAAGUGUUUGGAUUGGGACCCUAGUACUAGAAUGGCACCUGUUCAGGCUUUGAGACACCCCUGGCUCUAUAAGAGACUGCCCAAGCCUGCACCUUGUGGAGAGAAGUCCAUGGUGCCCAAACGGAUCCCAGAGCACAGCACCUCUUUUCCCACCAUCAUCUCCAAAGUACCCCCUGUCAUGGGCCCAACCAACAACAAACUGCGGACCACCUUGAUGGGGGACACCAGUGGUAGUAUACCCUUGCGUACAGUGCUGCCAAAGCUCGUUUCAUAGGGAUUCCUUAGCUUUUCAGGGAUUAAAGACAUAUUUGUAGCAGUUUUAGAAGUGAAUUUUUCUUUGUUAUUGGUUUGUUGAUUUUUCUGAAUGUCAAAACUCUAUGUUUUGUCUUCAAAUUUUACUGAAGUGUAACAAGCAAAAAAACAAAACAAAAAAACAAACAAACCUAACUAUACUGUGUUUUAAUCAAAUGGCCUUUGGAAAGGUGUGUGAAAUUGAAAGUUGAUAUCAGGGCUGUUUUUUUUUUACAUCUUGGUCUGGAAUGGAAUGCUGAUGAUUGAGGUGGGUGAAAUUUUAAUGCUGACUGCUCAUAGUUCUGUCCUUUCUGUGUUUUACACUACUUCUGCUCAGACAAACUUAAAACUUUUGCAUCUUUAAGGGCUGUUUUUAGAUGUAUGUGUGAUUCUUUUCAUUUUUAAGGGCUUCGAGUGAAAUUUUCAUUGAAUUUUUUCAAGCAUCUGACUCUAAUCUACAGUUCUUAUAAUUAACACCCUAAGAAUAAUUUGCUCAUCAUAGCAUGAAGUCAGAAGAGCACAUUGCUAGUUUUAUUCUGUUUUAAGAGUAUACUUCCCUUAAACUUGCCCAGUUGCUCCAUUUCCCUCACCCCAGUGUGUCAUGGAGAGGAUAAGGCUUUGCCUAUUUCAGUCCACAACACUGUUUAUGUUUUGAGAAGCUGUUACAUUGGAUAAAGCCCAAAGUAUGCUUCGGUCAGACGCGAACUGUUGGAGGACAGGAUGCGUGACUCAAAUUUCGUCAUCAUCAAAGUGCUUGAACACUGAACGCAUGCAGCCCAGUUUUUCUAACCACACGUACUCCGAACGCGUAGUAUGCACACGCACUUGGAAUUAUUUGCACUAAUUUCUGGGUUCACAAUGUGCCAACAUUUACAGUUGAGCCGUUGCUGUCACAAAGAAGCGCUAGAAGAUAUAAUCGCCACUAAACAACAAGAGACGAAUGUGGAAAUGUGAGGAGGUCAGGAGAUACCUGCAUUUGUAUAACUCAAGUCUGAAGGAAUUUAAAGACAUUUUUGGUUCUAAACUAUUGAAAAUAAAUAGUCCAGUCUUUCAGAGCAGUCAUAGUGCGCAUGCGCCAACCGCCUUUGUAUGCGCGCACAGUCAAAUGAAGUACUUUGAAAGGCUAGCUUUCGACUGUACGCUUAGCAUUUGCAUCAAAACCGUAAUAUACUUUGGGCUUAAGUCACCCUAGAGCAAGAUGUAAGAAAGUUAGACUUGUUUGGUAGUGACAGAGUAACAGUUGCCUAUAUGUCAUUUAGGGACACAGUGCUAUCUUAAGGCUGUGCCCAUUCCUUUGAGGUAUUGGGAAAGAUGGCCACUAUUUCACAGGUGUUGCCUGUCGGUGAUACUUUGAAAGAUAUUGGUCAGGUUUCACUUGAAGGCAUUAGGCAAGAUCACGUGUUUGCCUGUACAUGGAAAUACGUGUUUCCCAAAGCAGAUGGUGGGGGAAGUGAAUUGCACGUUGGUAGUGUUUUCAAUAACAGUGUGCUCUUUGCCCUGAGCAAUGAUAGAUACCAAACAACCAGUGUGAGGCUGUGACAAUAGCAAAGUUCAUAAACAUAUUCACUGUACUGGAUAAAGACAGAAGCCUGACAUAUGUUAGAUGACCACACUGCCUUGGGGAUUUUUUUUUCAGUCCUCUUAACCACCACCUUGUCCACAAUUUUGAUCCAAUAGCAUUUCACUUUUUUUUCUUUUUAGCCUGUGGUGACUACAGCAACCACUGUGUUAGGGUGGGAAAAGAUUACAUUACGUACACAUGGGCAAUUCCUCUCCCCCAAAGCUCAACAUCAGGAUAGAGAGAGACUCCUGACUGACUCCAGUUGUGAGUGUAGUGGUAUUGUGUAGUCUGAAAUAUCUCUACAUUGUGACCUAUAUUCUUCCCCUUUCACUCUUCCUCAGUCCUUGAGGUUUACAUGACAAAAUCCUGUUCUUAAUACAGUCGAGCACACAGCACAUUCACCCACCUUGUUUGCGAUCAUUCAUAAUGGCUCUUGUCGUGUCUGCAGUUUGAGUAUUUCUUAUUAAAGGGUCUCUGGCAGACUGUUUUGUUUUCCAUCUUUCCAACUUGUAUCUGUUAGGACAAAAGGUAUAUGCAUCUUUGGGAGAGUUUUUAUUUUUUAAAUGAUCUAAAGUAAGCAUGUUGACACUGCCUCACUUUUUCUAGCUGUGAAUUGAACACUGAAUGCUUAGAAACUAAUUGUUGCAAGGUAAGACACUAAUAUGCUAAAGGUCUGUGAAACUGAAAGGUGCUUAACCCAAUGGCCCUGACAGGUGGAUGCAAAGCAUCUGUGCACUACCUGGACCAAGGUUAGAAAUGAGGAUACCAGAUAAGUGACUGCAAAAGUCCCCUUAAUUAGAAAAUAAAGAAAAACCUAGGUCUGUGUCUUUUCUAUUUUCCAUUGAUACAAAACUACAAAAUCACGUCUUUCUCAGGUAUUAAAGAACAUUUGCAUACGAUUUACGUAUGAUUCCACUUGUCCAGCAGGUGCAAGGAUAAUUAAAGGAAUAUUCUGGGUUCAAAACAAGUUAAGCUCAAUCGACGGCAUUUGUGGCAAAAUAAAUUUGGACUCAUCCCCCCUUUAAAUAGCGGCGUUACAGUGAGGCACUUACAAUGGAAUAUGGGGCCCAAUCCCUAAAUGUUGAAAUACACAUUGUUUAAAAAGUACACAAAAGUAUAGCCACAAGAUGUGAAUACCCAUAUUAACAUGAUUUUAGUGUGACAAAAUUGCUUGCUAACCUUUACUAUGUAAAGUUGUAUCAAAUUUUACAACUUCGUUGACAUGGCGACAUAGAAAAUGGCUAAAACCCUAAAACGACUGUAUUUGAGCAACUUUUCAACUCGAAUAAUUGGCCUUACACAAGUUUUCAAGUUUCAACAGAAGUGUUAAUGUUUAUGAAAUUGUAAGCUUCACAUUUCUGCCUAUAAACCCUCCAAAAAUUGGCCCCAUUCACUUUUUGUUUUUUUUAAGAAAAGGAGGGACAAGUCUAAAUUAUUAUUUGUUGUAAUCAACAUUAUGCCACAAAUGCUUUCGAUAGAGCUUAACUUGUACUGAACCCGGAACAUUCCUUUAACUUGUACUGAAGCCGGAAUAUUCCUUUAGCACUCAAAAUAAGCUAGGUGUCAGAAGACCUAGUGUAUUUAUAGCUUUAGAGACAUUGGUGCUUACAGUUAGUAAUUUAUAUCGUUUUUGUCCAAUCAUAAUCAGUUUUGGGUUCAUACGUCAUCUCCUUCAAAUUUUUUGUGGUUCAGUGUCCCCUUGGAAUACAUCAGGGAAAUUGCAGUUAAUGAGAAGUAUCCAGGCAAAAGUGGUUUAAACGUUGUUUUUGGUGUUUGUCUACCUCUUUCUACAAAAACUCUUGCUUGUAAAAUCCUUUCUCUCAAUCCAUCGUCUAUGCUCUACUCAGAUCUCCAGCACAUAAAUAACUGUCUCGCUCACUCCGCAUCUUUCUGCAUCACUUCAGUGUCCCUGACUGUUUGCAUUAACAUUAAUUUUUUUUACCAAAGCACCCUGUCACGUUCUUGUCUCUCUUUGGUUCGUCUCUGUGCAUGGACCCCUCGUUUGGGGGAUUCUACUUCUGUGCCUUUAACUGAACACACUUGACUAAAUCAUCAAGGCUCAGCACAGGAUGACUAAUGUUUCUCUUCCAGCUUAUUGGUCAGGUUUUUGUACUACUUUUAGUUCACCCUUUUAUAGAGUUUGUACUGUUAUUCAUAUUUUAAAGAGAAAUAAAAGGUAACGCUGUAAUUUUCCUUUAAUGAUGUUUGUUGACUAUGUGGUUCAGAGCAUGAUAAGUAAAGAACGCAUGAAAAUAAGUGAAAAUGAAUAAAUGAAGAGUCACAUGAUGAGAAGUAACCAAAUGAGCUUGUAUUAGUUUCUUAAAAAAAUAAAAUUGAUAUUACCA